AAUGAAAAUUGACAUAAGUAAAUUUGUCAAUUUUUAUCAGUUAUCAGUUACUUUAGGUGCGGUCUUUUAAAUUGUAAUUUAAUCAUACACUUUAAAAUUACUGUAUUGUAAAAACUGAUUUUUGUAAAUAGUAGCAGAAUGGAUGGAAAAUUGCCAGCUUGUGUUAUAGAUGUUGGAACAGGCUAUACAAAAUUGGGUUUUGCUGCAAAUAAAGAACCUCAAUUUAUAAUACCUUCUGCUAUUGCAAUAAAGGAAACAGCUAAAGUAGGGGAUACAACAUCUCGCAGAUUAAAUAAAGGUGUUGAGGACUUGGAUUUUUUUAUUGGAGACGAGGCAUUCGAGGCAACUGGUUAUGCUGUGAAGUAUCCUGUGAGGCAUGGACUUGUCGAAGAUUGGGAUUUAAUGGAGAAGUUCUUAGAACAGUGCAUAUUUAAAUAUCUUCGAGCUGAGCCAGAAGAUCACUAUUUUCUUCUUACAGAACCUCCAUUAAAUACCCCUGAGAAUCGAGAGUAUAUAGCAGAAAUUAUGUUUGAAUCAUUUAACGUACCUGGGUUGUACAUAGCUGUUCAAGCCGUGUUGGCUCUUGCUGCCAGUUGGGCAAGUCGAAAUAUAGAAGAAAGGACACUAACAGGGAUAGUCAUAGAUAGCGGUGACGGAGUAACGCACGUAAUUCCAGUAGCAGAAGGCUAUGUUAUUGGAAGCUGUAUAAAGCACAUUCCAAUUGCCGGUCGCAACAUAACUUAUUUUAUCCAGUCCCUUUUGAGGGAGAGAGAAAUAGGCAUUCCUCCUGAACAGUCAUUAGAAACGGCUAAAGCAAUAAAGGAAAAAUACUGUUACAUCUGCCCGGACAUAGCAAAGGAAUUUGCAAAAUACGACUCUGAUCCUGGGAAAUGGAUGAAAAAAUAUGAAGGAAUUAAUUCUGUCACGAAACAUCCGUUCAUGGUCGACGUCGGCUACGAGAGAUUCCUGGGACCCGAAAUAUUUUUCCACCCGGAGUUUUCUAACCCCGACUUUACAAUUCCUUUAUCGCAAAUCGUGGAUGAUGUGAUACAGAACUGUCCUAUUGACGUUAGGAGGCCUCUGUAUGAUAAUAUAGUUUUGUCCGGAGGAUCGACUAUGUUUAAGGAUUUCAGCAGAAGGUUGCAGAGAGACAUCAAGAGGACCGUAGAUGCGAGACUGAAACUUAGCGAAACACUCGGAGGGGGACGGUUAAUACCUAAACCGAUAGACGUUCAAGUGGUCUCACAUCACAUGCAACGAUAUGCUGUAUGGUUCGGUGGAAGCAUGCUAGCUUCAACGCCUGAAUUUUACACUGUCUGCCAUACAAAAGAGGAUUAUGAAGAAUAUGGACCCAGUAUUUGUAGGCACAACCCUGUGUUUGGAACAAUGACAUAAUGAUAAAUACCUAAUAAAUUACAAUUUUUUAAUUGUGCAGUUUAUAUCUUUUUACAAUAAUUUCGUAUUUCAAUAAUUCUUUUUUUUUUAUUUUAUAUUGUGAUAGUUACUUAAAUACCUACCUUAGAAUAAAAUUCACCAAUUGAAAUGCAUU